AAAAGUUUAAAACUAAAAACAGCUCAAAUGAAAUUAAGUGUUCAGAACUGAAUAAAAAACACAAAUUGUAGUGAAAUUGUAAGCAAAACGCUUGCAAUUUGAUUUGCUCAAUCGAAGCAAGGACACCCACAAACUAAAACACAGCAUACAGCUAUGGCCAUAUCAAUGCUGCAGGACGCGCAAACACGAAGCUUAGCCGCUGCCUUGGCUGGCAUCAAGCGCGAGGACAUGGUUGUGGAUCGCUCCAUGUCGCUGUCCCCGCCUAUGUCUGCAAAUACCUCGGCCAGCAGCCCAGUGGCAUCCACCAAUUCGCACUCCCUGUACCCCGCGAUGGGCCUACAACAGGCGGCCGCAGCGUCCGCCUUUGGCAUGCUCUCGCCCACACAGCUGCUGGCUGCCAACAGGCAGGCGGCCGCCUUUAUGGCCCAGCUGCCCAUGAGCACAUUGGCCAACACCCUCUUCCCACACAACCCCGCGGCGCUCUUCGGCGCUUGGGCGGCCCAGCAUCAGCAACAGCAGCAGCAUCAGCAGCAGCAGCACCAACAGCAGCAGCAACAGUUGCAGCUGCCGCUAUCUGGCACCCAUCUGCAUUCGCCCCCUGCCAGCCCCCAUUCCCCGAUAGCCGGCAGUGGCAAGCAUCCGCUGAGCUCGCCCAAUAGCACGCCACAGCAUCAUUUGGGCCUGGGCUUGGGUGAGCCGGCGAAGAAGGCACGCAAGCUGUCGGUCAAGAAGGAGUUCCAAACGGAGAUCAGCAUGAGCGUAAGUGACUUGUAUCACACACCUGGUGGACCCAUCUCACCGCCUUCCAGCGGCAGUUCGCCCAACUCUUCGGCACAUGAGGCCACUGCAGCAGCAGCAGCAGCAGCAGCAGGAGGAACAACAGGAGCUGCGGCUCCUGCUAAGGACCCGUCGCGCGACAAGAGCUUCACGUGCAAGAUCUGCUCACGCAGCUUCGGCUACAAGCAUGUCCUGCAGAACCACGAGCGCACGCACACUGGCGAGAAGCCGUUCGAGUGCCCCGAGUGCCACAAGCGCUUCACCCGUGACCACCAUCUGAAGACGCAUAUGCGCCUGCACACAGGGGAGAAGCCCUAUCACUGCUCCCACUGCGAUCGCCAGUUCGUGCAGGUGGCCAAUCUGCGGCGGCAUCUGCGCGUUCACACAGGUGAGCGGCCCUACACCUGCGAGAUCUGCGAGGGCAAGUUCAGCGAUUCCAAUCAGCUGAAGUCGCACAUGCUGGUCCACAAUGGCGAGAAGCCGUUCGAGUGCGAGCGCUGCCACAUGAAGUUCCGCCGGCGCCACCACCUGAUGAACCACAAGUGCGGCAUCCAAUCGCCACCCACGCCCGCCCUCUCGCCGGCCAUGAGCGGCGACUACCCAAUGGCCACUGCAGCAGCAGCAGUUGCCGCAGCAGCCGCCCUGGAGUGCUCCACCAACAAGUUCGCCGCCAUGUGCGCCAGUUACGGCGGCUCGGAGGAGUCCGUCGAUUUGGCCAAGAGCAGCCUGGACGAGGAGGCGCCGCUCGACCUGAGCGAGGAUGGCGCCAGCUCCGUCGAUGGCCACUGCAGCGGCAGCAAUGCCCGCCGCAAGGCGCAAGACAUCCGCCGCGUCUUUCGGCUGCCGCCGCCACAGAUCGUGCACGUUGCCAGCGACAUGCCCGAGCAGACGGAGCCCGAGGAUCUGAGCAUGCACUCGCCACGGUCCGCGGAGUCGCACGAACAGCACAGCGAGGACAUCGACCUCGACGAGCUGGACGAUGCGGCUGCGCUCUAUCUGCGGCAGCAGCAGCAGCAGCUGCAGCAGCACUAAGCGAACUGUGCUAAAUGGGCACACCUUGUAUAUAAAGGGUUCAAGAGGUCAGCGUGUUCAUCAGAUGAGGCUGGCUGAAGGGUUAAUGGAACAGGA